UCACUUGUCAGUAGAAGACCAAAAAAGGAGGAAGGACUGAUUGAGUCCUACAACGCCAACAAGACUUUCUUUGUCUUAUUCUCUUUCCUCUGGAGUUUACUGCUGUUCCAACUCCUGUGUUUACUGUGAAACUGGAUCUCAAUUGGGAUCCAGCAUCUUGAAGGCAAUAAAACGGUUCAGGCACCUUUUUUGUCUUCAGACAAGACAAGACAAGACAAGACAAGACAAGUGUAAUUUGUUGUGGGAGCUGUUGCUGCAUGACUGUUCACUUCUAUAGCUAUCAGAAUAUCAGAUCAGAUCAACUGCAUAUGGUCCGUGUUACAGUUUCUCAUAAUCAAGCGCGAAUAAUUGCUGGGAAUCACUGCUGGUCUUUCUCCAGCUCCCAUUAUCCUGAGAAUGGAGCCCAAGCGGUCACUGACCAGAGGAUAAAAGACAUCCAGGACUUCAUUUGCUGACAGAUCUCUUGAGAGUCUCCGAGGGCCCAUAGGGAUUGCCCUGGAACCUUCGGACAAGGAAACGCACCUCUGAUCCCUGACAAAAAGACCGGACUGUAGUAGAUUUUAAUAGAACAACAGAUUUUAAUAGAACAACACGGAGAUGAGACGUAAAACUGAGACCCUAUUGUAAGUGACUCUGCAGCAGCAUAGUUCACCUCUUAACCUCGAUUUUUAACAAACUUGCAGUCAACGCAGAACAAUGGGAAGACUAACAGCAGUAGUUGCACUGAUCCUUUUUGCCUUCUCCAGUGUGGUUUCUCCUGACGGUGGCAUCAAAAAAGAGGCCAAGAGCAAGACUGAGCAUUACCGGCACCCGCGUUCCCCUGAACCUACCACCCAGUCGACUCAACCCACGGGGAAAUGCUCCUACACGUUUAUCGUCCCCCAGCAAAAGAUCACAGGAGCGAUCUGCCUGAGCACCAAAAACCCAGAAGACAGCAGCGGCGCGGUGAACAAAAUGGAGCUGGAGGACCUCAGACUGGAGCUGAGCCGGCAGCAGAGGCAGAUUGAGCACCUCAAGCAGGUGGUGGAAGUGAACGGAAGCCUCCUGAAUGAAGUGAAGUUUCUGCGCAAGGAGAGCCGCAACAUGAACUCCCAGGUGACCCAGCUCUACACCCAGCUCCUCCACGAGAUCAUCCAGAAGAAGGACCAGGCGCUGGAGGCCACGCAGCUGGAAAACCGACUCCUGAAUGCCACCGCCCUAGUCCUCAGGGUGUCCGCCAGCUACCAGGAGCUGGAGAGCAAGUAUGGAGCCCUGACCUCGCUUCUAAACAACCACAGUCUUGCCAUCGCUCACCUGGAGAAGCGAUGCCAGCUCAGAGCCAACGCAGUGCCCACGCAUGGGACCCAGACACAGCAGAGCUUUGUCUUGCCUCCUCAAGUCCAAGAGGUUCCUCUCAGCCCUGUCGGCAACCAGAACCAGAGUCAGAACCAGGGGGAGUCGAGCAAUGAGAUCCAGAGGGACCAGACAGACAAACAGUCCCAGGAGCGCCCCAGGUGGCAGGCUGUUCAACCUCCCCCCGCAUCAUCGAUCAACACCCCCACCGAACGCCCAUUCUUCAGCUCUGCAGAGACCAAGACGCCAGGGCCGUGGCGGGAUUGCCAGCACGCCCUGGCGGAGGGAGGCAGCGCCAGCGGGAUCUACCUGAUCAGGCCUCGCAACGUGAACAGGCUCCUGCAGCUGUGGUGCGAGCAGAGCCACGCCGACGGGGGCUGGGCCGUUAUUCAGAGGAGGCAGGACGGUUCCGUCAACUUCUUCAGGACCUGGGAGCACUACAAGCAAGGCUUCGGGAACAUCGACGGGGAAUACUGGCUGGGUCUGGAGAACCUGUACUGGCUCACCGCCCAGGAGGCCUACAAGCUGCUGGUCCUGAUGGAGGACUGGCAGGGGAGGCAGGUGCAUGCGGAGUACGACAGCUUCCGCGUGGAGCCGGAGAGCGACUCGUACCGCCUGCGGCUGGGUCAGUACCAGGGCGACGCCGGGGACUCACUGUCCUGGCACAACAACAAGGCCUUCACGACGCUGGAUCGAGACCGCGACGCCUAUACCGGUAACUGUGCCCAUUACCAGAAGGGAGGCUGGUGGUACCACAUGUGCGCCCACUCGAACCUCAACGGGGUGUGGUACAAGGGCGGGCACUACCGGAGCCGCUACCAGGACGGGGUCUACUGGGCGGAGUUUCGCGGAGGGUCCUACUCUCUAAAGAAGGUCACCAUGAUGAUAAAGCCCAUACAGCACUGAGGGCUGGACUAAGCCCCGUGCAAGCCACAGUCCACAGCUGUCAAAUAGCUGUCCAACCAAAUAAUAAUAACGAAGCAGGACUUUAUGACUGGGGGUGGGACGGGGGGGGGGGGCAUCUGGGUUUUUUUUCCCCCCGUAUUUUCUCUGACUAUUUUUUAUUAUCCUCGGGAAAGUGAUUUGUGCUGAAUUGAGGUCGUCCAGCGCAGUGCAGUGCCUGUGCGCCUUCAGCAUCACUCCUCUUGCAGAACCAUUUCAUCAACUGUUUGCUCCUAGUUACAGCAAUCCCAAGACUCUUACUUUGUUUAAACGUUAUUCAAAAUGCAUUCUGCUGCGAGGGCUUUGUGAAAGAAAAGCCAGUUUAUUGCAUACCUGCCUAAAGGGUCAAACACAUGUUUGGGUGAGCACUGUUCACAUGCAAACAAAAGCUGUAUGAAGUGUUUGUAUGCUUUACAUAAAUAAAAUGUUUUAA